AUGUACUUUUUUGCGGGACAACACGCGCUAUCCCCAAUUCGGCUCCGGCCAUCGGGCACCGAUUCUUCCAAUAAGGUCGACAGGUCCGCAGAACCAUCGCUGCUUGGCUCCGGCGUGCAUGCACUGAGUCGGAGACUUCACGCCGGAAGGAUGCUUCAGCUUCAGCUCCCAGCUGUGCCCCGUAACACAUCCGCUCCCCGCAUUUCCCCGCCAUCGCCGCCACCACACGUCUAG